AUGUCGAGUCGCAAACCCGUGCUGACGUUCGUGACUGGCAACAGUAACAAGCUCAAGGAGGUCGUCGCUAUCCUGGGCAAUGACUUUCCAUUUGAGCUGCGUAACCAGGCUGUAGAUCUGCCCGAACUGCAAGGCGAGCCAGCUGAAAUUGCCAAGGAAAAGUGCCGUCUUGCGACCAAGCAGGUGCAGGGUGCUGUAUUGGUAGAGGACACGUCGCUCUGUUUCAAUGCGCUCAAGGGACUACCAGGGCCUUACAUCAAGUGGUUCCUCGAGAAAACGGGUCACGAUGGACUGAACAACAUGCUGGCUGCUUACGAGGACAAGUCUGCGUACGCCCAGUGCAUUUUCGCCUAUGCGUCGGCGGGCUCUGAGCCGCAAGUGUUCAUUGGUCAGACUCCCGGCACGAUCGUGCCUGCUCGUGGUCCCACCACAUUUGGAUGGGACCCAGUGUUUCAGCCUGAUGGGUUUGACAAGACGUACGCUGAGAUGGACAAGCUUACCAAGAACCAGAUCUCGCACCGAUACAAGGCGCUCGAAGCAUUUCGGGCGUACGUCAUCAAACCUGCUGCGGACAAGUGA